AUGGCAGAUGUCGGUGCAGGUCCUCUAGAAGAGCAGCCAGUCCUCUUCUGCACCAUCUCUACAGUUCAUAUCAAUCAUACUCUCACUAGUGCUAAGCCAGAUCUCUUCAGUCACUUUUGUCCAUGUACGGAGUUCAUGUCAAACCAGGCAAAAGCUGUUAUUAAAACUACCGACGAUUGCUUGCAGCUUCAGUUUGGCCCCAGCAGACUUCUGCCUUCAGUGGCUGUAUCACAAGGGUCAGGCCUUCAAGAUUGUUCUACACAUCAAACAGCCUCAGAUCACAGCUAGGAGGAACCAUCAAACCCAGAUAGCUGCAAAUCCAAGAGAAAAAACAAUUCUUGUUUUAUGUCGGCUUCCAAGAGAAAGAGACUCAUCAGUGUGCCAGUGGGUCAGCCGAGAGUCGCAUCAGAGUCCGCGCUAAAAUGGAUGUCACCCCAUAAUUGCCAAGGAUUGUCUCAGAGAUAUAAACUUCAACCAUGAGUCAUUAGAGUGACGGCUUAUACAAAUGGAUCUGGAACAGCCUUUGCCAACAUUACUGCACCAACCAUCGCCUUGGUAACUAAUAGACCGACCGUCACACACAAGCUGAAUCUGAACAUGCCCGCGCGACGAGUGUUUUUGGCAGACGGCAAGGAAGCCCUCAAACCUGAAGCUAUACCCCAUGAAGCCAACGUUUAUGUUUCAACAGGAGAGCCCUUUUUAAAUCCAUUCAAAAAAAUUAAAGACCAUCUGUUGUUAACGAAGAGAGUGACUUGGACAAUGCAUGGGUUGAUGCCUCCCAUUGAUGUCAAAAGACAGAAAACCAAGCCCGUACUUUCCAGAAGAAUGAAGACACUUGCUCAGAAGACCUCAGUGUGAAUUCUGAUCUUUAACAAUGGCAUGGGGCAGGAUAGGAAUGAGCUUACAGUGCAAAAGGAAACAAUCAGAAAAGGUAACUGAGUUUUAGAUGCCUGCACAGUGAAAAUAAGUCUAGAUUCACCAGCCAGAUAGAUUUAUGAUAUGAAUGGUAGAAAAAUUGAAGAUAUUUCAAAAUGUAAGUAG